CCCCAAGUUUGACCACUGACCAUGCCGCUGGACACGGUCCUGUGCCUGGACACCUCAGGCUCCAUGAACGGCCGCGGGAUGGCCGAGCUCAAGAAGGGAGUCCGACAGUUCCUACUCGGCGUCCAAGAAACCGCGAACAAGAUGAACCUCCGUGAGAACGUGGCCGUGGUAGUGUUUGGGGGAGGGGCCCGCAUCAUACAACCGCUGUCCGGGAACUACGCAACCGUUUUGUGGUCUGUAGACAGCCUAAAGGCGGGAGGGUCGACGCCCAUGUUUGAAGGUCUUAUGGAAGCGAUGAAGGAAAUUCUGCAGCAUGGUGGCGUGCUGGCCCUGCCGGGUGGCAGAAAGAUGACCCCUCGUGUUAUCUUAAUGACGGACGGCUACCCUGACGACAAGGAGAACGUUCUGAAGGCGGCGCUGUCGUUCGGUCCGGCGGGCUGGCAGGCGGUGGGCCUGCCGCAUCCCAUCCCCAUAGCCUGCGUGGGCUGCGGCGAUGACGUGGACAGGGAUCUCCUCCAAGCCAUCGCCAAACUCACCAACGGCAUGUACAUCCUGGGUGACGUCAGUCAGCUGUCGGAGUUCUUCCGAAGACAGAUGCUUCUUAUCCGGUUUGCAGCGCAGUUCAGCCACGACAUGCAGAGGCUGAGAGACAUCAUGGUCCUGCGGCAGUUCAUGGCCAAGAUGGGGGAGAGCGUGGACGACGAUGAGCUGGCUGGUCUAAAGACUUUGCUGCUCGCCAUGCUGUUGAUGUCAGGAGAUGACGACGCAGAUGACGAGGAUGAUGAACGGCCAAACAUGCCGCCGCUGGGGUCGCGCGUUCGCCGCGGGAGGGACUGGAAGUGGGGCAUGCAGGACCGCAUGGGUGUCGGGACCGUCGUCAGACACAGGAGUGAUGGUCAGCUUGUGGUGCAGUGGGACUACGAUGAUUCUACCGCUUACGGCUAUCGGUUUGGAGCCGAGGGGGCGAGGGACGUCAGGAAAUUGCCUUUAGAAAUACAUCUGUUUGUGAAGAACGUGUGA